GCCAUAUUUUUAAAAUAUCAAGGGAAGGAGGUCCCAAGAACCUUUCUCCGUCAACAUGUCUGAACCGUCUGAAUCAUACUUGACGCUGAGUCAACAGCCUUCUAUAUUACUUACAGAGCCUAUACGGCCGUUAAUUGUCUUAGAUCUUCAUGGGACGCUUUGUUCGGCUGUGCGUGAACCGGUGACGAGAAGAACAACAGGUUGCUACGAACGACCCAAGCUUGAAACUCUAAUGGAGUAUCUCAUGAGGUACUAUGAAGUGGCCGUCUGGUCAAGUGGUCGCCCCGAAUCAGUAGAGUUUCUUUCUGAAAUAUUUAAGCCCAACCUGAAAAAGAUCAAGUUAACUUGGACUCGAAAGAAUUUCAAUCUAUCAAGAGAAGACUAUCGUGAGAACGUCCUCACCUUGAAGGAUUUGAAUCAGUUAUGGUCGCACAUUGCGGAGGAAAAAAUCUACUAUCCUCGAGUGUUCAAUGCUACCAAUACUAUAUUGCUGGAUGACUCAUUCAAGAAGUGUGUACUGCAACCACAUAACUGUGUCAUUGUGCGACAAUUUGAACAUAGCGACAAAAUGUUCAAAGCUUAUGGCGACAAUGAAAUUGAUUUUUUGAUACCCUACUUGGAACGGGCUCGUCACCAGAGUAAUAUUGCAAAUUGGAUGCGCCGAAACCCGUAUGUGGGUGUACAUCCCGCUGAAACGACCGCUCUCAAUUCUUUCGACGCGAAAUACUUUGGAUUGAAUCAAGCUAUACCACCCACGAAUGACAAGCGCGCAGAUAUUGCACAUACUGAGGACUCAACUACAAGAAAUAACAAGAAAGAGCACAGACAUGGUACAGAUAAUAACGUUACAUCCACAGACCGUCCCGUCGUUCCACCUCAAGCAUUACGAGACCCAAGAACGGAUGGAACUGUUACAAGCACGCAAUACCCUAUUAUAUCACCGGCUACAUCAAUAGCAGAACCGGAAAAUGCAGCUGAAAGCACUGUUACUAGGAUGGAAUUUCCAAUUGUUGCGCCUAGUAUAACCAAUGGCGACAGUCAACUUCCAAACGGACCAAAAUCUCAACCCGAAGAUUUUGAAGAUCUCUUCCAAAAAAUAUUCUCCAAACCGAUCUCAUUUUCGUAAGCUAGCUAGCUAUCAUUAUCACAUACAUUAGAGCUUACAACAUACGUUAAUCAUAAUUAAUCCCGAAAGAAUAACCGUCGUGUUCGUUUUAAUUAUCAUGUUUUUUAUUUUCAGUAUGACAAGAAAUUAAUAAAAUGGGGGGGGGGU